CACAGCCGCAAACUCAAGCCACUACAACCGACCCAGCAGUAGCAACGGCGACCCCGACCAAGUCGCUGGCACCGGUACCUUGGCCGAAUUCGGCGGUAUUCCCUUCAGCUAACCCGGCUACACCCCAGACUCGGCGGCUGGGCGCAAUGUCGAAGGCGCGCGCCACCGGUGCGGUGGAUCAGAUCGUCAAGCUCAUCGUCGGGGCUGGCCAGGCGAGUCCGCAGCCACCAGUUGGUCCUGCGCUUGGAAGCAAGGGAGUGAAAUCUAUGGACUUUUGCAAGGAGUUCAAUGCCAGGACAGCACAUAUAGUCACCGGCACCCCGACGCCGGUCAUGAUCACAGUCCGCCCCGACCGGACAUUUCACUUUGACGUGCGCACGCCACAGACGUCUUGGCUGCUGCUCAACGCCGCGCAGGUGCCGGCGGGCAAGAAGGGAAGGAGAAAAGGAGCCAGCAAUCCGGGCAAGGAGGUUGUCGGAACCGUAUCGCUGAAGCACGUCUAUGAGAUUGCCAAGAUCAAGCAGUCUGAACUCCGACUUUCUGGCUUGCCGUUGGAAGGCCUAUGUAGGUCGAUCAUCUACCAGGCGAAAUCGGUCGGGAUAGACGUUGUGGCAUAGCCGCGGCGCGCUCGCUGAUGGGUGAUGCUUCAAUCAUGGGCCAGGGCGUAUCGACAUACGCCUUGUGGGCAAACGCGAUUGUACUACAGUGCACUUUUUGCCAUCGACGAUUUGAAAGAAACAAUAGAAAAAAACGAACAAAGGAACCCCUCUUACUUGUCCGCUUUACCAUACGACAGAGACGUGGCUACUUUGAUUCCAAUCCAGGAAUAC